AUGCCAUUAUGGUAUCCAGAUGGGAACAUACGACACAGCAAGCUGAUUCACGAGCUCUGUGUCUUCUUCUAUCACAUUGUUCCCGCGUAUCUAAUAGACUUCCUGAUGCUUAUCUUUGACCAGCAGAGAUUCAUGGUUUGUACACAGAAGCGAAUUUCUGUCGGACUUGAAGUUCUACAGUAUUUUACAACGAGAGAAUGGUGGUUCAACACAAACAACUUCAAAGAUUUGGCGAAAAAGUUACACGGAGCAGACUUCACAACUUUCCCAAUGGAUUUAAAAAUUAUCAAAAUCGGUUCAUACAUAGAAAGUUGUAUGAUAGGCGGCAAACUGUAUUGUUUGAAGGAAAAGUUAGAAAAUCUCCCGAAAGCAAAACUACAAAAUAAUAUGUGA